AUGGACCCCCGUACCAGUGCCCAAGACGUGAUGCGAUGUGACUUGUGUGAGACCGCUUUAGUACAGAUGCACUGUGAUCAAUGCAUUGUCAACCUGUGUAAGGCUUGUGUGGGUAAACACAUUUCCAGAAGAGAAAACAACGGUCACAAGGUAGUCAAAUUUCAAGACAGAAAGUCUCACUUGUACCCCGAAUGUAAAAAGCAUGUUGAACAACUGUGUGCAAAAUAUUGUGAUCAAUGUGACAUUCCUGUUUGUACAAAGUGCACUGCAUCUGCGCAACAUCUUGAUCAUAAAUUAUCAGAAGUCUUGCAAGUUGUGGAAGAAAAAAGGGAUACUUUAAUCAGAAACAAAUUUGAAUUAGAUUUUGCGAUUUAUCCAAAGUACCAGUACAUUGCCUAUGAUAUAAAAUACAAAAUGAGUCAAUUAGAAAAGGAUUAUGAAUAUCUCUCAACAGCAAUUACAAAACAUGGAGAGGAAUGGCACAAAGAAAUUGACAAACUUGUCAAGAAACUUAAAGCUAAAGUUGAUAAGAUGAAAAACACGCAGAUACAAACUCUGAAAAAUCAUCUGGAUGACAUAAACAAGAAAAUUUCUUACAUAAAGGAUGAAAUCGAUUCAACUGAAAUUGUUUUACAGACAAAUGACUUGUCCAAAUUGUUAAGUGGCACAUCCAACAUAAAUAUAUACAGAAAUCUUCCACAAGAACAAGAAAUGGCUCUAUCUUUACCCAAAUUCAUCCCCAGAGAAAUCAUAGGUAAAGAAUUCAAUAAACUGUUUGGAGCCUUAUCAUGUAAUUCUGUUAGUUCGGAUGAACAUAGCUACAACAAGAAGAAAAUACAGAAAUCAUCAGAGACAGUCAUCAAUUUUGUAGACACUGGGUAUAACAAACUUUACAAUGUUGCCUGCCUGAGUGAUGAAGAAAUCUGGACAAGUGGAAAUGACAGCACCAUAAAACUUUACAGCAUCAACCAGGGAUCACUGCUCAAGUCAAUAUCAACUAAGUCUGGGAACAACACUUCAGUCAUCGGAGUGACAAAAGCCGGAGAUCUAGUUUAUUCUGAUUACGAUGAUAGGACUGUGAAUAUAGUGAAGAACAAGGAGACAGAGGAGGUGAUAAGACUACAGAACUGGAGACCUUUUGGUGUCUGUAGUUCCUCCUCUGGUGACCUCCUGGUUACCAUGCUUAGUGAUGAUGAUUACCAAUCAAAAGUUGUCCCUGGAGCUGUAGUGGUGGUCAAUCUUGCCGGGAAACUGAGAUUUAGUUACACCGGACUUACUCCUGCUCCAAAAUAUAAACCAUUCAGUCCACGAGGAAUCACCACAAACAUUCAUAACCAUAUCCUUAUAUCUGAUGUCAGCAAUGAUUGUGUCCACAUCAUUGACCAGGAUGGAGAGUUCAUCAGUUACAUACCCUGUGGACUGACUAAACCCUGGGGACUAUGCACAACUUUAACAAUGGACCCCCGCACCAGUGCCCAGGACGUGAUGCGAUGUGACAUUUAUGAGACCGCUGUGUGCACUGCAUCUGAGCAAAAUCUUGAUCAUGUUGAUCAUUGGGUAUCAGAAAUCUUGCAAGUUAUGGAAGAACAAAUGGACAUAGUCAACAGAGAACAAAAAAAAUUAAUGGAAUUAAAUAUGACGAUUUGUCUAAGGUACAAGGACAUUGCCUCUGAUGUACAACACAGAAUGAGUCAAUUAGAAAAGUAUUAUGAAUAUCUCUCAACAACAAUAAAAAAACAUGGAGAGGAAUGGCACAAAGAAAUUGACAAAAUUGUCAACAAACUUAACGCUGCAGUUGAUAAGAUGAGAAAAAAAAAUACGGUAACAAACUUUACAGGAAAAUCUGGAUGGAACCUGGAUAGCUGUGUGUCUGACUAUGAAGCUGGAGCUGUAGUGGUGGUCAAUCUGGCAGGAACAUUUAUAUUUAGUUACAAGGGGCUUACUCCUGCUCCAAAUCAUUAA